CACGCCCCUAUAUAAACCUAUAUCUCCGUCUCCAGAAGUUGUAGGUUUAACAUCUCAUGAAAAUGUUCCCGAGAACACUCAACAUAGUAUUAUUAUGACAGCCCAUGUGGAUUCUCCAGCGCCAACAAGGGAUGGAACAUCACGUUCAUCCGUGGAAAAGCCUCCAAAGGCAGACAGCGAUGAAACCACCGGUACACCAGAACAGGCGGGUGGGCUGAGAAGCUAUUUCAGAAUCUUUUCAUAUACCGACACGGUGGGCUGGGUUCUCAAUGUUCUCGCCUUGAUCGGAGCCAUUGGCGCAGGCAGCGCUCUGCCCUUGAUGGAUAUACUGUUUGGGAAGAUGAUCACGAACUUCAAUAGCCUCGCCACCGGUUCAGAUUCCCCAGAUAAGUUUCGCUCGACACUGAAUAAGUUCACACUGUACUUUGUUUAUCUCUUUAUCGGCAAAUUUGUGCUAGUUUAUGCCUGGACAUUGUCGUUAUCUGUCUCCGCGGUGCGAACUACCAAAUCGCUACGAAUAUCCUUCUUGACACACCUACUGCGGCAAGAUAUUGGCUACUUCGAUUCCAACGAGAGUGGCUCUUCCGUUGUGCAACUGACGACAAAUGCCAACCUAGUCAACCAAGGGAUCUCAGAGAAGCUGGGCUUCGCGGUGCAGGGCACAGCCACCUUUGUGGCGGCAUUCGUUGUAGCCUUCGUCGUGCAGUGGAAACUAACUCUAAUUACAAUCUGUAUAGCUCCUGCAAUCCUGAUUGUGACGUCCAUCUGUGCCGCCAUCCUCGUCAAGCAGGAGAACCGAAUUCUUCAUGUGAACUCUAUCGCUGGGUCUCUGGCCGAGGAAGUCCUUGCCAGCAUGAAGACCGUGCACGCUUUUUCCGCCUUUUCUAAGUUGACCACCAAAUAUGAUGACCAGGCCAAGGAAGCGAAGCGCCUGGGCCUUUCACAGUGUCUGAACAUGGCGAUACUAUACUCAGCGGAGUUUUUCUGUGUUUAUGCUGGAUAUGGCCUGGCCUUCUGGCAGGGAGUUCGUAUGUAUGCGAGGGGUGAGAUUGAUGAGCCGGGGAAAAUCAUCACUGUGAUCUUUGCUGUCAUCGUGGCUGCGACGGCAAUGACACAGAUCGCACCGCAGAUUAUGCAAGUCACCAAGGCAGCGUCGGCCGCACAAAGUCUGUGGGAAGUGAUCGAUCGUGAAUCUCCAAUUGACGGACUGUCUCUGGACGGCGAACGGCCGGACAAGUGUGAGGGGAAUAUCGAAUUCUCAAACGUCUCUUUUUCAUAUCCGACCCGGUCCCAGGUCACGGUUCUCCAUGAUUUCACAUUGUCAAUCCCCGCCAAUAAGACAACGGCUUUGGUUGGGCCCAGUGGGUCGGGUAAAAGCACAGUGACUGGGUUGCUCGAGAGAUGGUAUAAUACGCAGGACGGCGCCAUCACACUUGACGGCGUAGACAUCAGGCAACUCAACAUCCAAUGGCUGAGGACCAACAUUCGCAUUGUUCAACAGGAACCUACACUGUUCAAUGCCACGAUCUUCGAAAAUGUGGCAUACGGCCUGGCAGGAACGGAUUAUGCCAAUGCCUCAAAGCAGGACCAGUUCGAGCGGGUCAUUACCGCCUGCAAAGCUGCCUACGCUCAUGAUUUUAUAGAGACCUUGCCUGAAAAGUAUGAUACGCAGGUCGGAGAGCGCGCCACAAUGUUGUCCGGAGGCCAGAAGCAGCGUAUCGCGAUUGCCCGGAGUAUCGUUUCAAAUCCAAAGGUGUUAAUCCUCGACGAAGCUACCAGUGCAUUGGAUCCACAGGCUGAAAAGAUCGUGCAAGAGGCGUUGGACAACGUUUCUGCCUCACGAACGACCAUCACGAUCGCACACAAGCUGUCUACGAUUAGGAAGGCAGACCAAAUAGUGGUCCUAUCGCAAGGGCAGAUCAUUGAGAAGGGAACUCAUGAUGAACUCAAGGCCGCAGGCGGAACUUACUAUCGGCUCAUCAAGACACAGGAUCUUGGUACGGUCAAAAAUGAUGGGACUCAGCCAGAGAAGGGAGAGAAUGAAGUACCUACAGGCAUCGUCCCGGUCACUUCAGGGCAGCAUGGCCAUAGCAAAGAAGCAAGGCUUGUAGAAAGAUUGCAGGCUCCUUCUGGACGUGGCUAUAGUCUGAUUCGGUGUCUGGCCGUUCUUCUCCAGGAGCGCCGCGAGCUAUGGUUUGAAUUCAUUGUUAUGUUAGUUACCAGCACUGUAGGAGGAGCCACUUACCCGAUCCUUGCGUUUCUAUUCGCGAAAGUUUUGGAUGUCUUCCAAAUAGAAUCCACGGGCAAGAUGGUGGAAAGGGGGGAUUUCUAUGCCCUUAUGUUUUUUGUGGUUGCUCUUGUCAUCUUGCUUGUCUAUGGAAUUCUGGGCUGGGUUACAACUAUAAUGGCCCAUUGCGUUGUGUAUACGUACCGUCUUGAAAUGUUCCGCAGUUAUAUCCGGCAAGAUAUGACCUUUUAUGACCAACCUCAACAUACGACCGGCUCCUUGGUCUCUGAACUCGCUGCGAAGCCCACUAGCUUGCAAGAGCUGCUAGGCUUCAACGUGGCAGUUAUCGUCAUUGCCCUAGUGAAUAUCAUCGCAAGCUCUGUGCUAUCUAUCUCAGUUGGAUGGAAACUGGGGUUGGCUGUCCUCGCAGGGGCUAUGGUUCCAAUGGUAUUCUGUGGGUACCUCAGAAUUCGCCUGGAGUUCCGACUGGAUGAUGCCACCUCGCACCGAUUCUCUGAAAGUGCAGCUUUAGCUGGUGAGGCAGUGUCUGCGAUUCGCACUGUUGCAUCUUUAGCAAUUGAACAAGUGAUUUUAGAAAAGUACAGUGAUAAGUUGGCGGGCAUUGAGCGAAAGUCCAUCAAAUCGUCAAUCUGGACAAUGUUCUGGCUAGCUCUCACACAGUCCCUCUCAUUACUUUCGAUGGCAUUAAGCUUUUGGUAUGGAGGUCGCCUAUUAUCGACAGGAGAGUACUCCAGUACCCAAUUAUACAUCGUUGUCAUCGGAGCUAUCCUAUCUGGCGAAGGGGCGGCGUCAUUCUUCAUGUUUACCACCAGCUUUACCAAAUCACAGGCAGCAUGCAACUACAUUUUCUGGCUCCGUUCCCUACAGCCUGAUGUCCAAGACGGAUCGUCCGACAACGUGUCCGGAGGAGCAAAGAAUACGGCGGCCCAUGUGGCGUUGCAGGACGUAGCAUUCCGGUACCCUACUCGGCCCACUCGGCCCGUAUUAAAUGAUAUCAACAUUGAGAUUAACCCUGGCCAAUUCGUGGCAUUUGUCGGACCCUCGGGCCAUGGAAAGUCCAGCCUCAUCUCGCUCCUGGAGCGGUAUUACAAUCCAACGUCCGGAAGUAUCCAACUAGACGGUUCAAAUAUCCGUGAUAUGUCGCUCGCGUCGUACCGCAGCCACUUAUCCCUUGUCCAACAGGAACCGGUCCUCUACCAAGGAACCAUCCGCGAAAAUAUCGCAUUAGGCCUUGAAGAAGAGGCGACCGAGGAACGGAUCUACGAGGCCUGCCACCAGGCGAAUAUCUUUGACUUCGUUUCCUCCCUGCCAGAUGGAUUAGCAACGUCAUGCGGUUCGCGAGGAAGUCUUUUCUCUGGUGGUCAACGGCAGCGUAUUGCAAUCGCAAGAGCGCUUAUCCGGCGACCUCGUCUGCUGUUGCUGGAUGAGGCUACGUCUGCGUUGGAUACCGAGAGUGAGAGGAUUGUGCAGGAGGCCUUAGAUCAGGCCAAAGAUGGUCGGACAACGAUUGCGAUCGCACACCGCUUGUCAACUAUCAAGCACUCAGACCGGAUCUUCGUGUUGGUUGGAGGUAGCGUUCGGGAGCAAGGGACUCAUCAGGAGCUGCUCCAGCGGCGGGGGAUCUACUAUGAGAUGUGUCUGGGGCAGGCCCUGGAUAAAGCGGCCUAAUGCUGUCCGCAAGUGAAAGGCAUAUUGUAUAUAUGAUCGGAGCGAAAGGUAGCGGAAGCUGGAGUGCUGAACAGGGUAUGUAAUGGUAAUAUAAAAUAAUCUCCUAUCUCGAAUGGUCCACUUGGAAAUCACGAACAUUAAACCUCUAUGAUAUCGACACAGACUUUAGCCCCAAGAGUGAAUUCCAGUAUACAUUCACGUUCAUGGUUUGCGUGGCCUGUAAGGAUGGACCUGUAAGCGUUAGGU